AUGUCUGAGUAUACAUCCACCAUUGAGGGCUUUCAGCGCGCCAUGAAGUGGAGCCUCACCGGUCCACCUCAGGAGGCAAAGGAAUACGCCGAGGCCGUCACAACGCCCACUUUCCAUCACAUUAUGGAUGGACAGCGUCUCUCGUACGAUGACAAUAUCAAGAGAAUCCAGGAGUGGCGUGGCAAGUGCAGCCACUAUGAGCCUGUCGUUCGGGACUUCCUUCGCGAUGGCGACAUGCUCGCGGCGCGCAUGACGGGGACACUCAAGAUCGAGGGAACGGACUCAGAGUUUGAGACCUUCUUUGUUGCCAAACUCGACAGUGCUGGCAAGAUGGUGUGGCUCAAGGAUAGAUCUGUUUAUGGCCCUGUCGGCGAAGUGGUUGAAAAAGGCGCCAACUAG